CUUUCUAGCAGAAUUCUACCAAUUCUUGAUCGUGCUACUAUUUAUAUUUCGCCCCUAUGGCUGGCCAGUAGCUUGACGGGUUACCGGAGUCUCAUUUUGCUGCAGAUUAAAUGGAUCAAACAGAUCGCACAUAGCCAGGGUCACCUCUCAGGGCUGGGCGGUGCUGUGAUUACUUUGCGUUCACACUUGACACGAAUGAAGAAUUCGUUCCGAAGUGUGAAACUUGAUUUGGUUUCACGUCUGCCCUUCUACACGUACUAGUAUAAAGAGGACAGAAAGACGGGCCGGAAUUAUUCUUGCCCAAAUACAUCCAAGAACAAAAUGCAGGUUAUCACCUCUAAGUUCUUUAUCACCCUGACCAUCAUUUCUUCUGUGGCUGCAGAAGGCUGCUUCACUGGUGGCCAACCUGGAAGCUGCGAUGAAGCCGCCUAUACAUUCUGCAAGGAGAUGCUCACCAUUAACGGCGGUCAACUUGGUGACAGCGAGCGACGCCAGCACUGCUAUGACACCUCGAGAGGAUAUAAAUGUGGUAUGCGUGUGCUGAAUACGAAGAGUUCAACGAGGACGAUCACAGAGUCGGACUGUGCUGGGGCGAUGUUCAUCAAUGGGAAUUGUGAUAACGGAGGGAAGAAGACGGUUAAUGGAAUUGAAUAUACUGCGGAUCCUAAUGAGGGAGUCUGCUGAGCCUAUGGUAUGCCAGGGUGUAUAACUAUCCUCUGUGAAUUGACACUAUCGCGAUGCGGUGUAUAAAGCAUUAUGUCACAGUUCGAAACCAGGAGUCGCUGACACUAUGGCACCUUUUCCAAGUGGCGAUUUUCCUUCCUCGAUUAAAUCCAGUCGGUCGGAGUUGGGCAUUGUGAUUUUCCCAACUCAAGUACAGUCUCACUAGGGCUUAACACGUUGGUACAAACUCCUUGGCCUCGUCCAAAUAAACCUCGGCACAACUUCUUCCGGUUGCUGGG